ACGCUUCGCGCUCCAUCAAGCCUCGCCAAUCCGAAAUUCCCAAAUCAAGCGAACGUUGAAAUUCGCGUCCAGACGAGGAGGAUUGGGAGGCGGAUGAGAUCUGCGCUGCUUUUGGGGCAAUAUAAUACUGGUUUAGAAGUUGAAGGGUUUCCUCUUGUGAAGAGUUUGUUUGCCAUCGAGAGCUAUAUAAUGGCUGCAUCUGCUGAAGUUCUUACGCUUGACAAGCGUGCUGAGAGCCACGAUGGAUGGACAAUAGUCUUGCCUCGUGGCAAAAGACGCAGUAGAAAGUUACCUAAAAUUGGAUCUCUGGAGGAACAAGGAGGGACAGUAGUAUCAUGGACUCCAUCUGAUACCAAGUCCAGCGAAGACAGGCGAUCGAAGUUAGAACUGAAGAUGGUUGGCUGUAUGAAGAGAGUGGAGAACUCUGUUUUCUAUCAGAAGUUUGUGGAACAGAUGCAAACCCAACAAGUCAUGGACCAUUUUCACAAGGUUCUCGAGGGUUCAGAACAGAAGAAGAUGCAGAUGGUGGUAUAUGGUAUUGGCAGCAUCGAAUCGCACGAAACCCCUCGUCUGCAACUCAGCAUUGCCCUCUUGAUAAAGCGAGAGUUCAGUUGGAUCGGGGAUUUGCAAGUGUUCGAUCCAAUCCUUUCUGCAACCGAGUGUCAAGUUCUCGAAGCUCUCGGCUGCACUGUUCUCUCUGUAAACGAGCAAGGUCGACGUCGAGCAACAAGCCCGACUUUGUUCUUCAUGCCACAUUGUGAAGCAGGUCUGUACAACAACCUUCUGAAGGCGAACUGGGAUGUGGAGGCAAUGAAUCGAGUUGUGCUGUUUGGUAACAGCUUCCAGCUGUAUCGGCAGUAUGCUUCGUUCAAGAACCUGAUAGUGGUUGAUUCAAAUCACAUUUUGGCUGUUGAAAAUAUCACCGACGAGUUUGUGCUGAGUACUGUGUCCGAAGAUUAUUUUGCAGCUUUUCAUGAUUCAAGUUGGCAUUUUUUCAGGCCGUGUCUAACGACGGACCUGCAAGUUUUAGAUGAGAAGUGA